AUGGCUCCAUUCUGGACCGAUGAGCGCGAUAAAACCCUCCUACUUCUCAUGCUUGGUCCAGACAGAAUUAUUACUCGGGCGCAGGCGGCAGAGAUAGCGCAGAUGAUGGGGGCGCCAGCUGCAGAACAGUCUGGUCUCGCCUGGUCCUUUGCUUCGUUCCUCACUCGAUAUUAUCGGGGCUACUUUGACUUCCCUCUUACAAAUUUCGAGAGUUCGCAUCACCCAGCACUUCUACACAUCUCAAACCCAGCAACCUCGCCAUGCCUCUCUUUGUAUGGGACGAUGCUCGAGACCGACGCUUUCUACUGCAUCUUCUUGACACAACCGCAUCUUUCUCCCAAGCUCGGUUUGCCGAGAUUGCACAAGAAUUGGGCGCUCCGCCAUCAGGAGACACGUGCCACUCCCAUCAACCCAACCACUUCCCUGCUUCUGCUCAUUUUGGCUACACCACUACCUUGCGACUUCUGUCGUUUGUCCAAAGAUUCGACUGAACUCAUCAUGCCUGGUCCUUGGGAUCACGAAACCGACCGAAAGCUGCUACCUUGCCUGGUGGAUCCCAACCUCAAACCCAAAUGGGCCGACGUCGCAACAGACAUGGGCUCAGGCUUCACUAGCGAGUCCGUUCGGUAUGUCUUCUGGAAGGUUGUCGAAUGA